GCUCUGCAAAUGUUUGUGAAACACGUGUGUUGUGCCGUAUUUAGUUCUUAGUUUCUGGUUGCAGUUUAUAUAAACUUUUAACGAGCCUUUUUUUUUGUUCUGUUGCAAUUCAGUAACAUGGCACCUCCUCCGGAACGUUUGAAAGCCAAUUACAAUGUCUCUGUCAAACUGGAGCCAUUUUUCACUGGGGGUAAAGUUCAGGUCAAUAAAGAUGGUGAAUUCCUGUUGUGCCAGUGUGGUGACAGAAUUCAUGUCAUAGACACCAAGUAUGGUAAAACCAUCAGAAGUCUCAUACAAGAAGAAGAUGAAGUUGUAACAUUUACCGUCGGCGUAGAUGAUGAAACAUUAGUAUCAAGUCACAAAUCAGGACUACUCAGGCAUUGGAACUGGAAAGAUGGAACUGUUGUCAGGACAUGGAAAUCCUUACAUCUUACUCCAGUUGUUGAACUUGUAUUUGAUACCACAACAACCUUAGUUGCUAGUGGAGGAACUGAUGGAUCACUAAAAGUAUGGGAUAUAAGAAGACAAUAUUGCACUCACAAUCUUAAAGGAGGAAGUGGUGUUUACAGCAUGAUCAAAUUCCAUCCUGAUCCCAAAAUGUCUAUGAUCUUUGGGGCUUCCAUGGACUGCAAAAUUAGAUGUUGGGAUUUGAAAACGUCCAAGAUCUUAGGAACACUAGAAGGCCACUUUAGCGCUGUUACAGGCUUCACCAUUUUCACAAGCUUAAAUCAAGCUGUUUCAUCUGGUCGAGAUAAAGUGCUAAUUCAUUGGGAUUUGAAAAGCUAUUCUCAACUUCGAAUCAUUCCCACCUACGAAUGUACGGAGUCCUUAGUACCCAUUGAGUUUGGUGAAUCUAUGCCACUGUUGAAGGUCACAGAUGUGAACAAUCCCCACGUCAUCUCUGCAGGCGAGCGAGGUGUUCUACGCGUUUGGAAUGUGAAGAACGGCACAGAGGUAUUUACACAGACGGAUUCGUUGGUCAGCCAACCUAUUGUGGAAGGGGCACCAACGAUCACACAAUUUGAAUACAACGAAGUUAAUGAUCACCUUUACGUAAUCACAUUUGAUCACAAUAUCAUAGUGCACCGACUUAAGGAUUUGGCACUUGUCAAACAAUAUGCAGGAUAUAACGAUGAUAUUUUGGACAUUGCUUGGUUUGGAGAAGGAGAAACUCAUCUUGCAGUGGCUACAAAUAGCAUACACGUUAAAGUUUAUGACAUUGAAACAAUGAAUUGCACGCUUCUCAAAGGCCAUACUGAUCUGGUACUUGCACUUGCGACUUCCAAGUCGGAUUUUAGCAUUCUCGUAACCAGCAGCAAGGACAACUCUGUCCGAGUUUGGAAAAUGUUGCAAUCCCCUUUCGAGAUAUCCUGCAUUGCGCAAGGCAACGCUCAUACCGGCUCAGUGGGCUCAGUAGCCUUAAGUCGGUCAAAGUUGUCUUUCCUUGUUAGCGGGAGUCAAGAUACCUGCUUAAAAAUAUGGAAAUUGAACCCGAUACCAGUUGAAGAAAAUCAAAGCUUGUCAGUCUUGCAUACAGUUGUAGCACAUGACAAGGACAUCAACGCCGUUUGCAUCUCACCGAAUGAUAAUUUGAUAGCAUCUGGAUCACAAGAUAAACUUGCUAAAAUUUGGUCCAGUUCCGAUUUGAAACUGUUAGGAGUAUUACGGGGUCAUCGGCGAGGGCUGUGGGCCGUCCAGUUCUCUCCUGCCGACCAGAUCUUAGCAUCCGGGUCAACGGAUGGAAAUAUCAUGCUAUGGAGUUUAAUAGAUUACUCUUGCCUAAAGACUUUGGAAGGGCAUGAAAGUUCUGUCCUACGGAUUCAUUUCGUGUCCAAAGGCUACCAGUUGGUUAGCGCUGCUUCGGAUGGACUAAUUAAAUUGUGGACAAUAAAGAGUAGCGAAUGUGUUGCCACAAUGGAUGCCCAUGAAAGCAAAGUUUGGGCUUUAGCAGUCAAAAGCGAUGAUUCUUUACUGGUAAGCGGUGCUGGUGACUCGGCCCUUAUUUUAUGGAAAGACGUUACAAAAGAAGAAAGAGAAGCUGCAGUUCAAGAAAAAGAAAAAAGAUUACUGGAAGAACAGCAGUUGGCGAACCUGUUGCAGAAAGGUUUGUUGUUAGAAGCUUUAGGAUUGGCUAUUCAUUUAGACCAACCCUUCCGGACUCUGAACAUUCUGAAAGAACUGAUGGAUCAAGGUGAAGGCGCAUUAAGUGAUUUGGAAAAGAUGGUUGUUAAAUUAUCAACGAAUCAAAAAGACAGCUUAUUGCGCUACUCUACAUCAUGGAAUACUAAUAGCAGACAUUGCCAUCAAGCACAGAUGGUCCUUAACAUAUUGCUAGCUAAUCAUACACCCGAAGAGCUUUUUGGCCUGCCUUCAAUGAAAAGCGCCAUUGCGGGAUUACUGAUGUACAAUGAACGUCAUAUGCAAAGACUCAGCCGUUUACGUCUAAAUACCGCUAUUAUUCCAUAUACUGCAGCCAAAAUUCAAGCGACACGCAGUGAUGAAGUCAUGGAAACAAGUUAAAGUGAUUUUUUUGGUUCGUGAUCAAUUAAUUGGACGAAAAAGAUGACACUUCGUAAACAACUGUAACUGUCUCUUUAUUCUCCUUUAUACAUUUAUCUGCCGGAUAA